AUGGGCCUGCCUGGUAUGCCUGGUGCAAAAGGCUUAAAAGGACCAAUUGGACCUCCAGGUAAACCAGGAUUUCCAGUAAGUAUAACAGAAUUAGAAAAUAUAGGAGCAAUUGGUAUUGAUGGGCCAAAAGGUGAUCCGGGUUUAAAGCGCUCAAUCACUAGACUCCAUGGGGGAACAUUAGGCUAUGCUGAAGUCAUCGCUAUUAAGGGUGAACCAGGAGAGAGGGGGCCUCCUGGACCAGCUGGACCACCAGGUCCAACUGGAUUACCAGGGUUUGAUGGAAGAGUAGGUUUACCUGGAGAACCAGGGCCACCUGGUGAAACAGGACCUCCAGGUCCACAAGGUCCAGUGGGACCAACAGGAAAAGAUGGUUUACCAGGACCAAAGGGUGAUAAAGGUGAGAGAGGAUUUGUAGGAGUACCAGGACUUCCAGGUAUGAGAGGCGAACGUGGUCCAGCUGGUCUGAAAGGAGAGCCAGUGAGCACAUUUUGUGACAUUCUGUCCCAUUUAGAAAUGAUCCCAUUUAAAUACAGCAAUGAAUAUAAGUUUAAAUCAAUUUUACUUUAUCUUCUGAAAAUUAUAAUUAAUUAAUUUAGGCAACAAAGAUGACUUAAACACCUCUGAAUAAUUUACUUGUACUAAAGAAUGUAUAAAACUUGAUUACUACUAAUUCUAGGGUAGUGCUGGAAGAAAUGGUACUAAUGGAAUCCCAGGAAUUCCUGGGAAAGAUGGAAGAAUGGGAAUGAAAGGUG